UAAUGAUUAUAUAAUAAUAAUGAAUGUAUAUUAUAAUUAUUCUUUAUUAUCUUUGUUUAUGACCUUUUGGUUCACUGGAUUUUUACCUUUGACUUCAGCCCCUUUGUUCCUGGUAGCCAUGGAAGACGUCGAUGUCGACGGUUGGAGACUUCGCAUUUUUAGCUAAUGAGCCGCUUGGCGGUAAACUUUUUUUCCCGGUGUGGAUCAUACUUUUCCUUUUUUAAAAUUUUAUCUCGAUUCCCUUUUCUUUCUUCCGCUUUUCGGGUGCUAUUUGUUUUUCCUUAUUCGCCUUUUCUCUUUCGAUGUACGCCAAAUUUUGGUGGGUUAACUAAUCCGCGAAAUUUUUUUUUGUCCGCUUUUUCGUUUAUUUCUCACUUUUCACCAAGAAUUGGAGAGCUUGCGAAUUCCAAGACUUUGGUCUAUCUUUCUCUCAAUUCCCUAUUCUUUCUUGCGCUAAGCGAUCAUUAUUUGUUUUUCCUUAUUCGACUUCUUUCUUUUGAUGUGCGCCAAAUUUUGGCGAAAUUGCAGCAUCUUUGAUGCUUGAUUUUGGAGCACUUCCUAUUCUAUGCUGCUUUAAACCCAAUUGCAGUACUUUCCGCAAUUAAGUGAAUUACCAUAAACGAAACUUCCUUAAGGCUAAAAAAAUGCCUUGAGGCACGAAAAAUAUCAAUAUAUUUUGAAUUAAAAUUUCGGUUUUAGGUUUGUCGCUUGUGAGCCCUAAGCUCCUACUCCUCUAGGAAGCUUUCGCUUCUUGGGAACUAGACCAAAUGGGUCCGGGUUUAUGCACGUGCAUACAUACAUAAAUUUGAAGUUUUUUUUUGUUUUACCAAUUAUUUUUAAAAUAUCCAUUAGAUCUGUUACCAAUUUUUUUAUUUCGAUUGAAAAUCAUUGUAGUGUUUAAGUUUAGUGAAAAAAAUGAUGAACAAAUUUCAGAAAAUACAGAAACCCUGGGACAAACACGAAAUGUGCUUAUGGUGCUAUUAUUGUUACCGCAACUGUAUGUGUUCGUUACCACUGGUUACAAUAAUCUAUAAUCUGUGCUUAUAAACAGUGUGUUUGUUCAAUAAAGACAAAAACAAUAAGUGUGCUAUUCUGGACCUGUUCAUACAUCAGUAUUUUACUCAAAUAAGAAAUAAUAUAUUUUAAAUAUUAUACUUGAGAACGCGUUUAAAGAAAAAACAAAAUGUCUAAUGCCAAUCGUAAAGAAAUAACUGGUCUUAAUCGCAUGACACCCAAGGGCCUAAAAGAACUAUGCAAGAAAGACAAGCUGUAUCAGACACCACGAUUAAAUGAUGUACUAUAUUUGCACUAUCAGGGUUUUCAGUGCAUAGAAAGCUUGGAAGAGUAUACAGAGCUUAAGUGUUUGUGGUUAGAAUGCAAUGCCAUUUCCGAAAUUCAGGGCUUAGAGAAACUAAGCAAACUGAAGUGUCUCUUUCUCCAAAACAACCUUAUAACGAAAAUUGAAAAUUUAGACCCAUGUCGUGAGCUAGAUACUUUAAAUUUGAGUUCUAAUCAUAUUCGGAAGAUACAAAACAUUGGGACCAAUGUCUUGCCAGUUUUAAAUACUCUUACCAUUGCAUCAAACUAUCUUAAGGACAGUGAGAGCCUUUUAGACUUGAUUCAAUGUAAAACACUAUCGGUGCUAGAUUUAUCAAACAACAGAAUAGACGAUAUUUUGAUUGUAAAAAUAUUUGAGCAGAUGCUAAAUCUGAAGGUCUUGGUUCUGCAAGGAAACCCGGUUGUUUCCCGACUCCCCCAGUAUCGGAAGACAUUGAUACUAGCCUGUAAGGAACUUACUUAUUUGGAUAGUCGUCCUGUGUUUCCUCGCGAUCGAGCAUGUGCUGAGGCUUGGAAGCGUGAUGGCUAUGAAGGAGAGCGCAAGGAAAAUAAUCGUUGGAACCGAGCUGAGCGCAGGAAAACACGCGAAAGCAUUAACUGUACCAUACGUAUGCGCAAUAGUCACCGUCCACCUGAUCAGCAUGUUCCUUUGCUAAGGUCUAGCGAUUCAGAAGACGAUACAUGUGCCGAAACUGCCCGUAAGAAAGUUGAGCUUGAGAACGGUUGUGUCGAGGAUUUAUGGGAGGAGGUGUCGGGUGAACAGCCUAUCUCACAGCACGGUACCAGCUCAUCUAGUUCUCUGGAAGACAAUGAUGGCACCAGCUCUCAGGACGAUCUUACAGCAGAGAAAUUGAGUAAUCGUAGAACACUCGAGGGGCGUCCAGCAGUCCUUUGUGAAACUAAAGUGAGCAACGUAAAGAGUGUCAAUAACGAUAUUAACGUAUUUGGCAAGGUAUCGCAGAUUAUUAUAGAAGAGAAAACCGAUCCGAAAAUAAAGCUUAUAAACGAACCAAGCGAUGAUAAUGAUAAAAGUGCGAUGUAUUGUACUUCCAUAGGACCAGUUGUAAAGGAAAACGCUUUUGACGAAGACGCAGAAAUAAAAAAUGUGGAAGACAUGGUUUCAUGCCAGAAUAUAAUUAAAUCAAACGAAGAUAUGAACUCUAAAUUAGACUUCAGUUCAAAGCUGAAACAAGGUUUUGAUAAAACUUGUACUGUCCUAAGAAAUGAUGGUCAAUGUAAGGAAUUUGAGGAAGAACUAUACAUCAAAGAAAGUGAAAGCAAGCUUUUAAACGAAAUCUACGAAAUUUUUACAGCUGAUAACGAUGAUAAGCUCAACGAAACACUCGAUUUAAAUCUAAAUGAGACCACAUAUCCACACCAUGUGCAUGACAAUUUUUUUUCCGAGGAAAAAAAAAUUCCUAGCUUUUAUGAAGAAGAUAUCAAGUUCAACCUUUUACCCAAAAGCAAGGACAAAACACUGUUUGAAAAAGACAGUAUCAUUGAAAAUGAAAAGUGCGCUCAUGACUUAGAGGAAAUAGGUCGCCAAAUGGAAGAGGAUCUGGCAGAACUUAGGCAGUCCACUAAAAAUUUGAUCGGGAUUUCAAUAGGUGAGACUGCUCGUACAGACAGUGAAACAGAUGAAGAGGAUCUGAUAGAACAGCAGGACCCACACUCUCCACUUCUCAAGCAGCAAUUCAAAGACCGGCGUAUGAAAAUUAUGCUAACAGAAGAAACCAAAGCACAAGAGGAAUCACUAAGUGACAUAAAGUUUGCUUUCUCAAACGAAUCUGACAAGCAAGACCAAUUAUUUGCCAAAAUAUUGGAUGAUGCAACAGAAAAUAUACCGAAGCGCAUCUUUGGUACUGGGUGUGAUGCACUUUGUUCCAUUUGGCAUCAAGAAGAGUGCUUGAUUCAAUUGACUCUACCCGAAAACAAAGAAACUCAUGCUCAAGAAGACAUCUUCAAGAAAUCUAUAACAAAUAAUACAUGUUUCGAGAAGGCGAAUGAAAUUUGCGUUCGUAUGGAUCAAAAAAUGGCCGAGGAAGAGGAAACUUUAGGUAAGCUGUUGCAUGACCUUGAAAAAGAGAGCAACAACGUUUAUGAUAUAAGCACGAAGGUGAAGUAUGAAGAAAACACUUUUAGUAAUGAGAGUGACGCUGUUAGUAUUUGUACAUCCUUGCUAGACGAUAUUAUAGUUCAGCUUACGUUUAACGAGUUACUGUGUCAUGAGAAACCCAAAAGUUUCGAAUUCGGUCCUAUCGAAUCUGACGAGGAGUUCAGUUACUCAUUUGAACCGAAAUUGGAAAAGUUGGUCCCCCCUGCACUAGAGGAUCCGGCGCGAGGAAAAAGCCUUCGAGAAUGUUUGGACACAUUUUCUGACUUUGUCUCUUCAAUGGUAGAUCCAAAGCUGCCCUUGAUGCUGGGCCGUAACCCCACAUCCGGUGUGGAGAAAAUCCGUGCCGCUCAAGAGUUGCUAAAGUCUAAAAAUCUUGCGGAGCUAUACGCGGAUACGGCAGAAAACUUAAACUCCCAGGUAGCCAAAGAAUUUGAGAAGCGCACACGGCGCGUGGCAGCAUCUGCUACGCGUUGUUUCAAUCAAAGAGAUAAAUAUGAGGAUUCCUUGGAAUUGGUCGAAAAUCGGUUGAUGAUUGUCAAGAAAGAUUCCGGGGAUCUGGAAGAACUGCCACCACCACCCGCCCUAAUAAGUGACACAGAGUCCGAAGACGACGACACAACUGGCAAUUCGGUUCAAAGACUUGGUACCAAAACACAGGACUCGAAAGAUCAUGUAAUGAGUAAUUUGUUGAAGCAAAAGCAGGGCGAUAUUAUAGAAGGUACAAAAAAUGACCAAGCGGAAGACGAAUUUUAUUCGUUGGAAGCUAUGACAACCUUCGGCAACCUAGACGCGGAAUUUUUUCAGAAACUGGAUCUUCAGAAAGUUAACGCUUCCGAAGACUCAGAACCGGCCAUCAAUUGCAUGCGAAGUUAUAAUGAACUUCAAGCUUACAUGAAAUCCGGAUCAUUGAACACCCAGCUGAAUAGUGAGGAAGCCGAGAUGUUGCAGACUAUGUGUUCCAGGGUUGCCUUGCAUGUAGGCAAGCCAAAGUCACAAAAUUCAAAAGAAGAAAAGGAGAAUGACCUUCUUAAAAAAAUGGUUCUUCGCAUGAAAGAGUACGAGGAUCGCGAGCAUCAGCUUCAGCUAGUAUCGCACGAAACCUCUAGUGAGUUAGGUCCCAUUAAGCUAUCCAUAGGUGGGUCUAAGCUUUUCGAGCAAAAUAUUAAAAUUACAAAUUCUGUCCUUGCACAUUCAGAAAAUGAACCUACUAGAAACAACAAAUUUAUUAAUAACAAGAACACAAACAACGAAGAGAGCUCAGAUAUAAUUAAAAAAAAUAGCGAUCCAAGUGUCAAGACCUCUAUUAAAACUUCAAACAAAAGUAUAGACGACGAUAUACAAUCCGAUGUUUCAACUGACUACGAAUCUGGCGAAGAAGUAGUUAUUGUAGAGCCACCUAAUCUUUCCGACGCAGUUCUCAAAUCGUUCUACUCUGAAGAAUUUGAAGCGGACUCAAAAAUGGUCCAUGAACUUGAAGAAGCUACUCGGCGUAAUCUCUGCCGCUAUAAUCCAAAUAUAAUGCAUAUUUCAACAAACAAUCAUCCAUUUUUAUCAAAUAAUAUACUGCCUACUAAAACCUUUACUUCGGAGCUAUCUGAAGGCGCUAAGGCCAAGUGGGCAAAAAUAGCGAAACGACUACACGAAUUUCUUGAUCCGGAGACGAUUGCGAAUCUAAAUGAGGAACCGUUCGGGGAAUGCAAUGAAUGUGAAGAUUGUCAAGAUGCUGAUAUUCUUACAGAUAUCACAGUUGAGGAAACAAAAUUAAAAAAAUGUAAAAAAAUAGUAGUUUUGGAAGAAUAUAACAGUACACACAUUUGCGAUGGAAACUCAUGUCCAUCUAAGCAUGAUGACAGCGAUCAAUUUGCAAGCCUCAAAGGAUUUGAAAAAAUUAAAGAAACACCAACACAUAAUAUGGGAUUAAGUAGUGUUAUGAGCGCAUCCCAAAAAAAAACUUCAGAAACUUUGCCAAAUGAAAUUGGAAAUAUAAUCACAGAUUGCUCUUCUUUUAAUACUUCGACAACUGAUCUCAUUGGGAUUAAAUACUUUGACGACCCAGCAUUAAUCCAAAUUAAUUCUGACGGUGUAAAAACGGAACAAAUUCAGUGCAAUCUUCAGAUUCUGAGCGAAGAAGGAGACGUUGUGGUCGAAGAGCUCCGUGUCAAUGCUCAGGUAUCUUUUAAGUAAAAGUCGAUCCCUAUUAAUUUGUUAAAAUGUAAUCAUUUUCCAAUUGUUUUUUAUUUAUAAUAAGUAAAUGGACGAAUAUUCAAAAGCGCAAAUAAAAUGUAUUUUAAUUGCCCCACUAUGAUAACGCAUAGAAACUUAAAUUUAAAAUCCAGCUCGUACCGCUAAAGUAGCAGUAAUCUUAAAAAGUUGAAAGCACUUAUAAAAAGAUUAGAUGGACUUCGGCUAUAACUCCUAUCCCCGUGUCCAACGAAACUGGCAUGCAAUGAACUACUUGAAACCGGAUCGCAGUUUAAUUGUGUUUUAAAGAAACCGGUUCGCUUUGUUGACUGCUUGCUGGUUUCUAUCGCAGGUCAAUCGUUUGGGUUAUCACUUGGCUGUCGUUGAUAACAGUGUUCUGCGAUUAUCAGUAUUACCAAGCGAAAAAUAAUAUUCUUAUUGAUCAGCUCCAAAAUUUCAGGAUCAAAACUUAUUCAGUUCAUUAAGUUUUGAAAUUUUUCUUAUCAGGAUUCUUUUUUGGACCCCCUGCACUUUGUCGGCGAUUAUACUAGAUCAACAAUAAAAUAUAUAUUGCGCCGAGGAACUAAAUCCCGUUUUGGAAUAAAAAGCCGUGUGAUAAUUUUAUGCAGUGUUAUAUGUUGUUUCAUACAUUCUCGUAGUCUUGUUUACAUAAGAGAAAAGCGUUAGGCAAUUCCUACACUGAACUGAAUUGCAUAAGCACGAUUAAAUAGGUAACCAAAAUCUGAAAAUGUAAAUAUAUAUUUAAAUAGCACGUAGUCUGGAAACGAAAUCAUACAAACCGACAUUAGAAGCGAAUUAUCAGUGCUCAUAAAGCCCUCAGCAUUGAUAGCCAAUACAUUUUGUUCCACUUGCAAGAUACACUCCGUCAGCAGAUCUUUAUAAGAAGUUUCUCUUCCGAGCGAGUGAUUGCAGGACAAGUUCCUUAAAUAACUUCCAAUCAAUACACUCUGAAUGGGGUGGAAAUAACUUUAUUUCAAAAUUGAAGGCAGCUGUUUUAACAUCACAUUUUUAUGAUUACGCAAUUUACAAUAUGCAUUUGUACUUGAACAAUAUUAAUUCCAAUAAAAAAUAUUGUCCAGCCUUCUGGUCGUAAACGGGAGUAAGCGCUCCGAGGGCCGCGCUGUCAGAUACCCAUUACGGAGCUAAUAGAAGUGCGAAGGAACGUUAUAGACCUAUGUAAGAAAAACCCGGCAGACAUCGCAAAACUAUAAUAAAUUUUAUUAAAAACAAGGAAACUUAUGGAAAAAACUAUAAAGGUGGCAAUAACCUUGUCUUUAACGCGGCAGAUCGAAAGUCCAUACGUCGAAUACCCUUCCUCCGCCAAAAUUCGUGAAAAAAGUGGUGAAAACCCGAUAAAAUCGUUGAUUUAGAAAGCUAAACAUUCAAAACUGAAAAAAAAAACACUUCGUGUAAAUGUUCUGGAAUGAUCACCAUACUCCCCAGAACUUAAUAUAAUAUAUGGUUUUGGAUAUACCUAGGAAGGAAUAUGAGGGUGGUUAACAAUAUGCCACUAAAGAGGAAUUGAUCACCGAAAUAAAACUCGCUUGGUCUACGAUUACGUUGGAUUACCUAAAAAAAAUAUAUGAUUCACUUCACCAACAAAUGUGUGAAGUCCUUGAAAACAAAGGAGGAUCAACUCAUUAUUAAUUUCCUUUAAAAAUAUUCCUCUUUAAAUAUUUUUCGAAAUGAAUCGAAAAAACUUAAAUUUUCGAAGGGGCGCCGUCCUGAUGACUAAAUUUUGAUUUACCCAUUUAUGGAUGUUUUUUAUUUAAAUAAAAAUCUAUAAACAACAAACUGCAUCCCAUAUACACAUUUCAUUUAUAGAAUUAAGCUCUCGCAUAAACAGUUUUGUAAAUAUCUCACAUCAAGGGUUUUUGGUUUAGCGCCCCUAACCUGAUGAUGCGCAGUGUAUACGUGUAGUAGCCGCAUCGCAAAUUUUUAGGUGCAUUUCUUCCUUCUUGGACUGCCGUCCGCUGAUAUAUAGUUUCGGAGAUCAGCGUCCAUACAGACGGACACUGUGUGAACUUGACUUGGCUAAAGACGCGUCAUCUACCGAAAAAUAUUUUGGCCAUUUGGCAUAAAUGGAAAAAAAACGAGACAUCCCCAACAUAAAAGAAAUUAUAGAUUUAUUAUUACUGUAAACAAUCCGAUAUCGCAAAGCUCAAUUGCUCAAAAGCUCAAUUGUCCAAUCGAAUGCUAAAUCAGUUGGAAUCAUCGGUAUUCGCGGGAUUAGGAUUUGCCCUUUUCAUUACUUUCCCUUCUUUAUUGUUGUCUCAAUAACGAGAGUGCGUUUCUUAAAGUUUAUCGAAAUAUUCAUAAAUAAUCAAUAGUUCAUAAAAUAAUCAAAAAAAAAUUUAUUUUUUUCUUCGUAAUAGCAUAUUUCUACCUAUUGCAUACUUUAUAAUGAAUCAAUCCAUUGUACCCUAUUAAUCAACGAGAAUGAGUAUGCACAUAACUGUGGAAAAUGAUUAUUAAACACAUUGUUUUAAUGAGAUAAAAGAAAAACAAAUUAAUAAUCUUUAACUGUUUUAUUAACUUUAAUAUUAAGGGGAAACUAACAUUUUAUGUAGCCAAUCCAAACAAAUUAAAAAUCCCUUUCAUAUUA